AUGUCGCUAGUCGGCCCAAACUUGCACUGGGCAUCCGCAAAUGAUAGCUAUGAUGCCCCCACCUCAGUUGCCUUUUCUUUAGAUGCCCUUGGCAGCAGCGUCAUCUCUAUUGCCCGAGACGACCUCGCUCGAGAAUGUCAAGCCCGGCACCUUCAUGACGCCCACUACUCUGCCCACACUGCCUUGGCCCCCGAUAGCACCGACCCACCCGAGGACAUCCACUGGCCCAGUGGGGACGGAGUGUUCACCGAAGUCAAAAAGUUCUUCCCCAUCUACCCUGGUGCCAACAUCCCACCAAGCCUUAAGCUAUCCACCGCCCCACCAGCCAAUCUGGAAUCCUUCCACCCCCAAUUCCGGCUCUGGUACGAGGCAAUGAAGUACCUUCACGAUCACAAUGAGUCCCAGAGCAUCCAUUCCCACGCCCACAUCUUCAGCGCCGACACCAUCCCAACCGAUCGAUUUCCAGACAGCGACCUAGCUACGCAUCUGACAUAUUCCCCAUCCACCGUCAGUGCAUUUGCAGCUGAGGUCCCCACCUACAAAGCCCUCUUCGAAGAAUUCAAACGGCACUCGGCCCUCUCUACUUUAGCAUCUACUAAUCAUGUCACUACCCAAGAAGCUCCAGCAGCCCCCCUUCCAGCAGGGGCCCCAUUCGAUAGCAAACUUUUUGCCCAGAUCAUGGCCAACGCUCUCAAAGGCGCCAAUGCCAGCACCAAGGAAAAGAUCUGGCCCGCACUUCAGCCAGUGCCAAAGACUCUUUCAGCUUGA